AUGAAGUACGGCCAGACUUUCUUCGCGCAAUCUGUGCCACAAUGGGCGGCAUAUAAUGUCGAUUAUGAUGAACUGAAGAACCUGAUUAAAAUCAAUACGAUCAAGGACCAAGGCCAGGCAAUCGCAAUCCCAGGACAAGAAGACCCGAGGUUGGAGAAAUUCGAGACCGCCUUCUUCAACGAAUUGUCCAACCAACAUGAUCGCGUGGAUCUUUUCGUAAAGAGCAAGGCAGAUGAGAUCAGUCGCCGCCUUCAGCAUCUCCAGAAGGUCGUAUUACGCUUACUUGCCCGGACUGCCCAGUCCAGCAAUAGCGACCCGAUAACCCAAAAACACCGAGACAAGUUCGCGAAAUAUAAUGUGCAAAUCGAAAGGUGCGGCGACGACAUCCGGUCCCUCCAACGAUUCGUAUCAGCUCAACGGGUGGCAUUUCAUAAGAUCUUGAAGAAGUAUAAGAAAUGGACAGGGUCAAGGGCACUCGGAGAACGUUUUAAUGACGAGGUUUUGAGCAACCCGAAGAGUUUGGUACGACGUGACUUCGGCCCUCUUCUGUCACAGUACCAGGAUCUUUCUAUCAAUCUCCAGUCCUCGACUCCAGCUGGCAGCGAGCCUCCAAGUCUGACCUCGUCGAGACGACCCUCCCGCCGAUCAAGCACCCAGAUUGUAGUCCAACAGGUGCCACAACAUAAUUGGAAUGAGUACGAUGACGGAAGUGAAGGAGGAGAGGAUGAACCAUACACGAUCUAUGUCAACCCCGAUGGAGGUUCGUUCCCAGGUGCAAAGACCAUGGAGUACGUUUUUGCCAAAGUGAAGAAACCUAUGGAGAGCGUCAAAGCAUGGUUUAGCCCCGGCUCGUCGCCCAGCGAGCGACACGGCCUCCUGGUGGAACGAAACGAUGGAUACUUCGCCGAACAGCAAAGUCCAGUAGAUACGGAUCUCGAAGACGAAGCUUACGCAUCUUCCAACAACGAAUUCCCAGCUGGUUACAUGGCACACUACGCCACAUUUCCAAGCAUCAACGACCAGAAAUUCUCCAGGCAUCGGGAGAUGCUAUUGUUCCGAGGGAUGGUUGGAGCAUAUGCUGGGUCAUUAAUGCUCAUUUCUAUUACCAGCAUCCUCAUUUCUACAGGCAGACAUAAACUCCGUGCAGAGGUAGAUGCCGGAGCGAUUGCUGGAUGCAUUGCAAGUCUCUGCUUCGCUCUGGCUGGUGUUACAGCAGCUUUGUGCAGAAAGCAGACAACGAACUGGCUGCACAGAGCUUGUAUCAGUGUUACGUUUGUUGGGCUAUUGUCCUUGAAUUUGAUGCUUCUUUUCUUGGUGUUGGACAAUAUUCGGGGAUGA